AUGUCUGACAUCAAGAACGAAAAGGUCGAAGAACAAGAAUUACCACAAAUCAUUAAGAUUAGAAUUACUUUAACUUCUACCAAGGUUAAACAAUUGGAAACUGUUUCUAACAACAUUAUCAGAAAUGCUGAACAAUUCCAAUUAGUCAAGAAGGGUCCAGUCAGAUUACCAACCAAGGUUUUAAAGAUCUCCACCAGAAAGACUCCAAAUGGUGAAGGUUCCAAGACUUGGGAAACCUAUGAAAUGAGAAUCCACAAGAGAUACAUCGACUUACAAGCCCCAGUUCACAUUGUUAAGAGAAUCACUCAAAUCACUAUUGAACCAGGUGUCGAUGUUGAAGUUGUUGUUGCUUCUGACUAA